UGAGCCUGGCCGGAAGUUGCCCCGAGCCGGUACCCGUAGGGACAGGCAAGCCGCGGGUGUUGGCUGUGGCGCAGGCGGCGGCGCUGCGUGGCUCUGGAGGACCGGCGCGGACCUGCAGCGGCUCGCUGAGGCCGUGGGUCGCCGCUGCAGCUGCCAGGACUUUUGGGGCGAACUUGCGAGACAGAGAGGAGCGGAAGGGAAGGGAUGCACGGGCAUGGAGGCUACGACUCUGACUUUAGUGAUGAGGAGCAAGGUGGAGAACCCAGCAGAAAGAAGAAGACAAUCGAAGAUGAGUUGCUGCUUGCAAAACCAUUUCAAAAAGAAAAACAUGGAAAGGUGGCCCAUAAGCAAGUGGCCGCAGACCUGCUGGACAGGGAAGAAGCAAGAAAUAGAAGGUUUCAUCUCAUAGCUAUGGAUGCCUAUCAAAGGCACACAAAGUUUGUAAAUGACUAUAUUUUGUACUAUGGUGGCAAAAGAGAGGAUUUUAAACGGUUGGGGGAGAAUGAUAAGACAGAUCUGGAUGUUAUACGAGAAAAUCAUAGAUUCCUAUGGAAUGAGGAGGAUGAAGCAGAUAUGACUUGGGAGAAGAGACUUGCAAAGAAAUACUAUGAUAAAUUAUUCAAGGAAUACUGCAUAGCUGAUCUCAGUAGAUACAAAGAAAAUAAGUUUGGAUUUAGGUGGCGAAUAGAAAAAGAAGUAAUUUCGGGAAAAGGUCAGUUUUUUUGUGGAAAUAAGUGUUGUGAUGAAAAAGAAGGCUUGAAGAGCUGGGAAGUUAACUUUGGUUAUAUUGAGCAUGGUGAAAAGAGAAAUGCACUUGUUAAAUUAAGAUUAUGCCAAGAAUGUUCCUUUAAAUUAAAUUUUCAUCACAGGAGAAAAGAAAUCAAGUCAAAAAAAAGAAAGGCUAAAAGCAAGACUGAGUGUGACCAGUCACCGUAUAAGAAACCCAGAUCAUCCUCAGAGGAGGAGGCCUCCAAGGGGAAGAAUGAAGGACAGUCAUCCUCAAAAAAUUCAGAAGAAUCUAGCAGCACAGGAAACACUGAUGAGGAAGAUAGUGCUUCAGAAUCUGAGCUCUGGAAAGGACCGCUGCCAGAGACAGACGAAAAGUCACAGGAAGAAGAAUUUGAUGAUUAUUUUCAGGACUUGUUUCUGUGAGCCGGGAGAGAGAGCCACAUUCCUUGGUGAGGAAAGAUACUCUGACACUCUAUUCUGUGCCGUUGAGUCUGGGCAGCUGCUAGGACAGAUACUUCAGAGAUACGAGGGCUGUCUCGGACACUUUCUUCUUCACUUGUGUAUCUUCUCAGUUGGUUAUCUAAAAACCUGUUUUGCCCCCAGCUUUCCAGUAUAUGAUAAACUGUUUGAAGUGUCAUUUGAACAUGGAGUGCUUGGCAUUAAGCUGUAAAUAAAUUAUUUAGUGUUUUAUUUUAAAA